ACACGGCCAGCAGCAUCCGACAGGACAGCCCACAGUAAUGGAGAGUCUGGCUUUUCAAAUUUGACAAAAUGUCAGAGUGUGUCCACAGCAGUCUGUGGAGUCUCCUAUUGCUUUCUGGCUACAUCCUCACCUUCCUAUUGGGGGUCCCUGCCAACAUCCUGGCAUUCUGCACCUUCUAUCGCAAGGUGCGCCGCAGAGCAGCUCCAAUUGACAUCCUCCUCUUUAACCUCACCAUCUCUGACCUCAUCUUCCUGGCUAUCCUGCCUUUUAAAAUGAAGGAGGCCUCAGACAACAUGGCCUGGCAACUGCCCUACCCCCUGUGUCCCUUCAGUAUUUUCCCCUUCUACGUCACCAUCUACAACAGCACCCUGGUCCUCACAGCUGUGAGUGUGGAGCGCUACCUGGGGGUUGCCUACCCCCUCAGGUAUGCUUUAUGUCGCAGGCCUCGCUACGCUGUGUUGGCCAGCAUCACAUUCUGGGUGGUGACCUCUCUGAACCUCAGCAUCGUCUACAUCAUGCCAUACACCCAGUGGCACAAAGGUGAAAAGAGUGAAAACAAGUCCAACAGCCCCACCCCUCCACCUACCUGCUACCAGAACUUCACCGAGGACGAACUCGCUAUCCUGCUGCCGGUCCGCCUGGAGCUCUUCCUCUUUCUCUUCUGCAUCCCCUUCUUAAUCUGUUGCUUCUGCUACACCAACUUCAUCCUCAUCCUGUCACGUAUUCCAAACGUCAGCAGGCGCCGGAGGCUGCGGGCCAUUGGUCUGGUGCUCAGCACACUGAUAGUAUUCACUGUGUGUUUUGGACCUUACAACGCCUCCCAUGUGGUGGGAUACGUCCGUCACGAGGAUGAGUGUUGGAGGAGCGUGGCGCUGCUCUGCAGCACCUUCAACGCCUGCUUCGAUCCAAUUAUCUUCUACUUCUCUUCAGCGGUGGUCAGAAGAAUGUUAAAUCAAUGCUUCAGGAGCAUUAUGGCAAAGCUGCACAUCCUGAGGUGUGGGGGGGCUCGUCAGUCCUGCUCCAAGAGUGACAAAUACAAGGAAGCAGCCCCUCCUCUCAAGGCCUGAAAAAAUUCUGCAAAACAUUACAGACAAAAAUGAAGGGAUGUGAAUUUUUAUUCACCAGUGAAAGUGGACGGGUCACUGGCUAACAGACUAGUUAGUGUCACCUUUGACAGGGGAUGUCUGCUCCAUAAUACACACUUCAAUGUGCACAUUUGCUCAGAUAGCUCUACUGAUUCUGUGUUUGUCACUGAUCAGCACUCAAAGCUGAAAUGCAUCAGCUUUGUUGUAAUUUUUAUGUCAAUAGAUGAAUUACUGAACAGGACUAGUGGGCACAGGCCCAGGGGCCCAACGUAUAGGGGGCUCCUGGGCCUGUGCCUCUGUUUGAAGUUAAAUGUCAACCUGAUAAAAGACACAAAACAACCACAAAGAGACCCAA